CCAACUAUAUGGACAACUGGAAGUGUACAGGCAUCCUGAAGGGAGACGGAAGUCCGGUUAACGGGUCGUCAGGACAACCCGGUGCCAUGAAUAACAUGGUGGGGUCGACUGUCCAGACCUCCCAGAAUGCACUGAACGGCUCUGCCGCAGGAAGGUAGGAGGCCGCGCUCGCUGUCGGCCCGGGCCAGAGCUGGCGACUGACUGCUUUGCUCUCUCUGGGCCUGACUGACCCUGCAACGCUGACCCACCCCUCCCCCCUUCCCUCCCUGGGUCAACUGAUCACAUCUGGCCCCUGUGUGUUGCACUCAUGCAAAGAGCUUGGCUUGUGGCCCAGACCCGGCAGGCCAGACCCGGCAGGCCAGACCCGGCAGGCCAGACCCCAGCAGGCCAGACCCCAGCACGUAGGCCUGUUGCUCCCUGUGGUAGACCUGUGUGCUUCGUCAUAAAAGGAGUGUUUGGGAGGAGGGUUUUUUUUUGCUACCGUUUUUUAAUGUUAGUUCAACAGCAGACUGAUGGUUUGGUUUGUACGAUAAUUGUUAGUGAUUUUAUUUGUUGACACAAUUUUAUGUUGAUGGAACAUUGAAUGUUAUUUUGAAGAAUAUAGUUUUUUUUUUUUACAUUUUAGAUGAGUUUAAAAUUACAGAUGAAUCUGUCGUCCUCACAUAAUGCCACAGAAUAUGUCAUAUUUUCAAUACAUUUACACACCAGGGCCAAACCUACAGGCUUACUAAAUUGAAUAAUUUACUCUUUUGAUUUCAUUUUAUAAUAGCAUGUAUAGAAUGUGUGGAGGACAUAUUGAUAAAUAAUAAAUUUCAUCUUUUCAAUAGGUUUUUAUUUAUUUUUUAUUUUAGCAAAAAAGUUGCCAAAAUCUUUGCAUGGUGGAGGAAUGUCUGGAAUAUAAUCUGGUAAUAAUCCCUAUUAACCUGCUGGUAAUCUGCAAUUAAUCUGAAUGAAAUAAUGACUGAAGGCUGGUAUACAUGCUACAGCUUUAUUAACACACACGGUUAAUAUUACUGAGUUUAUAUUCAAUAUUCCACCUGGUACUGUACACCAAUAUUCAGUUACAUUAUACUCUCCUGGUACUGUACACCAAUAUUCAGUUACAUUAUACUCUCCUAGUACUGUACAUCAAUAUUCAGUUACAUUAUACUCUCUCUCCUAGUACUGUACUUCAAUAUUCAGUUAUAUUAUACUCUCUCCUAGUACUGUACUUCAAUAUUCAGUUACAUUAUACUCUCUCUCCUAGUACUGUACUUCAAUAUUCAGUUACAUUAUACUCUCCUGGUACUGUACACCAAUAUUCAGUUACAUUAUACUCUCUCUCCUAGUACUGUACUUCAAUAUUCAGUUACAUUAUACUCUCCUGGUACUGUACACCAAUAUUCAGUUAUAUUAUACUCUCUCUCCUAGUACUGUACAUCAAUAUUCAGUUAUAUUAUACUCUCCUGGUACUGUACACCAAAUAUUCAGUUACAUUAUACUCUCUCUCCUAGUACUGUACACCAAAUAUUCAGUUACAUUAUACUCUCCUGGUACUGUACACCAAUAUUCAGUUACAUUAUACUCUCUCACCUAGUACUGUACAUCAAUAUUCAGUUACAUUAUACUCUCUCUCCUAGUACUGUACAUCAAUAUUCAGUUACAUUAUACUCUCUCACCUAGUACUGUACAUCAAUAUUCAGUUACAUUAUACUCUCUCUCCUAGUACUGUACUUCAAUAUUCAGUUACAUUAUACUCUCCUGGUACUGUACACCAAAUAUUCAGUUACAUUAUACUCUCUCUCCUAGUACUGUACACCAAAUAUUCAGUUACAUUAUACUCUCCUGGUACUGUACACCAAAUAUUCAGUUACAUUAUACUCUCCUGGUACUGUACACCAAAUAUUCAGUUACAUUAUACUCUCCUGGUACUGUACACCAAUAUUCAGUUACAUUAUACUCUCCUGGUUCUGUACACCAAUAUUCAGUUACAUUAUACUCUCCUGGUACUGUACACCAAUAUUCAGUUACAUUAUACUCUCCUGGUACUGUACACCAAAUAUUCAGUUAUAUUAUACUCUCUCUCCUAGUACUGUACACCAAAUAUUCAGUUAUAUUAUACUCUCUCUCCUAGUACUGUACACCAAUAUUCAGUUAUAUUAUACUCUCUCUCCUAGUACUGUACUUCAAUAUUCAGUUACAUUAUACUCUCUCUCCUAGUACUGUACACCAAAUAUUCAGUUACAUUAUACUCUCCUAGUACUGUACUUCAAUAUUCAGUUACAUUAUACUCUCUCUCCUAGUACUGUACAUCAAUAUUCAGUUACAUUAUACUCUCCUGGUACUGUACAUCAAUAUUCAGUUAUAUUAUACUCUCUCUCCUAGUACUGUACUUCAAUAUUCAGUUACAUUAUACUCUCCUAGUACUGUACACCAAUAUUCAGUUACAUUAUACUCUCCCACCUAGUACUGUACUUCAAUAUUCAGUUACAUUAUACUCUCUCUCCUAGUACUGUACUUCAAUAUUCAGUUACAUUAUACUCUCCUGGUACUGUACACCAAUAUUCAGUUACAUUAUACUCUCUCUCCUAGUACUGUACACCAAUAUUCAGUUACAUUAUACUCUCCUGGUACUGUACACCAAUAUUCAGUUACAUUAUACUCUCUCUCCUAGUACUGUACAUCAAUAUUCAGUUACAUUAUACUCUCCUAGUACUGUACACCAAUAUUCAGUUACAUUAUACUCUCUCUCCUAGUACUGUACAUCAAUAUUCAGUUACAUUAUACUCUCUCUCCUAGUACUGUACACCAAUAUUCAGUUACAUUAUACUCUCUCUCCUAGUACUGUACACCAAUAUUCAGUUACAUUAUACUCUCUCUCCUAGUACUGUAUAUUGGUUCAUAAGAAAAGCCAAAUGAUCCCUCCCUUGAGGUGACUAUUCUGCGUUAAUUAAAAUCCCCUCCGUUCUGAAAAGCCUCUGCUAACCUGUUGCAUUGUAUGGCGUUAUGUUUCUCUGGUUUUUAAUGGCAAACGUUUUUUCUGUACUCUUGUCAAUCUUGAUAAAAUGCAUCGGAAUUGUGAUUUUGUUCAUGACUGUGUGUAUGUACAAUUUCAUUCAGAAAAUCUAAUUUUUUAAAUUAAAUAGUUUGCUUGCAUAUUA